CGCUUUUUGAGGGCCAGGCCGCUCGCUUUCCUCAGAAGCGGAGGGGUUCUGAGCGACGUUGCUGAGCGGUCUGCGUUUAUCCAGACGGUUGCCAUCGCAACGCGGACAUCCGGACAGCUCUACUUCCGGGUCACACGGCGGCGCAGGCGCAGAAAGAACGUGCUGAGCUCGGGCCUCCGAGCUUUUUCUCCGGGGUUUUUUGAGGCGCUUCAGAGACCAGGAUCAGACGCGCCCGCGAAGCUGGACAGAGUCCCGGGCGCUGCUGAGCGCGGCUGCGGCCACACGGAAAGACCGGGUCGGGCGGAGUGGAAGCGCGACCGCGGCCAUGGCGGCGCUGGGCCCCGGCAGCCAGAACGUCACCGAGUACGUCGUUCGAGUCCCCAAGAACACAACAAAAAAAUACAACAUAAUGGCUUUUAAUGCGGCUGACAAGGUCAACUUUGCUACUUGGAAUCAGGCUCGGCUUGAGCGAGACCUGAGCAACAAGAAGAUUUAUCAGGAGGAAGAGAUGCCUGAGUCGGGUGCGGGCAGCGAGUUCAACCGCAAACUACGGGAGGAGGCCCGUCGCAAGAAGUAUGGCAUUGUCCUGAAGGAGUUCCGGCCUGAGGACCAGCCCUGGCUGCUGCGGGUGAAUGGCAAAACAGGCCGGAAGUUCAGGGGCAUAAAGAAGGGUGGUGUGACCGAGAACACUUCCUACUACAUCUUCACACAAUGUCCCGAUGGGGCCUUUGAGGCAUUCCCUGUGCACAACUGGUAUAAUUUCACACCGCUGGCCCGGCACCGCACUCUCACUGCUGAGGAGGCUGAGGAGGAGUGGGAGAGGAGGAACAAGGUCCUGAACCAUUUCAGCAUCAUGCAGCAGCGGCGGCUGAAAGACCAGGACCAGGAGGAGGAUGAGGAGGACAAGGAGAAGCGCAGCCGCAAGAAGGCUAGCGAGCUGCGCAUCCAUGACCUGGAGGACGACCUGGAGAUGUCCUCGGAUGCUAGCGAUGCUAGUGGAGAGGAUGGCAGCAGAGCUCCUAAGACCAAGAAGAAGGCACCACUGACCAAGGCAGGCCGGAAGAAGAAGAAGAAGAAGGGAUCUGAUGACGAGGCCUUUGAGGACAGCGAUGAUGGAGACUUUGAGGGCCAGGAGGUGGACUACAUGUCAGACGGCUCCAGCUCUGCAGAUGAGAUGGAGGGCAAGCCCAAGGUGCCGCAGCAGGAGGAGGGCCCCAAGGGUGUGGACGAGCAGAGCGAGAGCAGUGAGGAAAGCGAGGAGGAGAAGCCCCCAGAGGAAGAGAAGGAGGAGGAGGAGGAGAAGAAGGCUCCCACCCCACAGGAGAAGAAGCGCAGGAGAGACAGCAGUGACGAAUCGGACAGCUCAGAGGAGAGUGACAUCGAUAGUGAGACCUCCUCUGCCCUCUUCAUGGCGAAGAAGAAGACACCCCCUAAGAGGGAGCGGAAGCCGUCUGGGGGGAGCUCUAGGGGCAACAGCCGCCCUGGCACACCUAGCACGGAAGCAGGCAGUACUUCGUCCACCCUGCGAGCCGCCGCCACCAAGCUGGAGCAAGGAAAGCGGGUCAGUGAGACACCAGCGGCCAAGCGCCUGCGUCUGGAUGCAGGGUCCCAGAGCCUGUCAGGGAAAUCCACCCCACAGCCACCAUCCGGGAAGUCCACACCCAGCAGUGGUGAUGUGCAGGUGACUGAGGAGGCCGUGCGCCGCUACUUAACACGUAAGCCCAUGACCACAAAGGACCUGCUGAAGAAGUUCCAGACCAAGAAGACUGGGCUGAGCAGCGAGCAGACAGUGAACGUGCUGGCCCAGAUCCUGAAACGCCUCAACCCCGAGCGCAAGAUGGUCAAUGACAAGAUGCACUUCUCCCUCAAAGAGUGAUGAAUAAACUUGGGCUGUCUGUGUCCCUGCAUUUGCACCCA